UGGCAUAACAUGUAGCGUUCACCUCACUUAAAUAUUACUAUUACGCUAUAUUAAAAUAAGGUAUAUUUUUAAUUAUUUUGAUAACUGCAACGUAAAUUUGAUCCAUACCUUUAUUUAAUUUUCUCACUUCACAUCUCAUAGCAAAAGAAAAAGAAAUAUCCGUUUAGUCAGAGUCAAGUCCCCACAGUAGUUGUUGUGGUUCUUGGUUCCAUUUCUGCCAUCUCUACAUAUCCUAGGUAGGCUGAUAUUUUUCUCAAGAACAACGCACCCACCCAUCCACCCACCCACUAGUCUCUGAGUUUGAUAGAAGAAAAAUGAGUGGCGGUGGUGAAGGAGAAGGGUCCACAUUGGAAUUUACACCCACUUGGGUAGUUGCCGCUGUCUGCACCGUCAUUGUUGCCAUUUCUCUAGCCGCUGAGCGACUCAUCCAUUACACUGGAAAGUAUUUGAAGAAGAAGAAUCAGAAGCCUUUAUAUGAAGCCCUACAGAAAGUUAAAGAAGAAUUGAUGCUUUUGGGGUUUAUAUCCCUGUUACUAACGGUGCUUCAAGGUCGCAUAGUCAAGAUUUGUGUGCCUAAAGAUGUGAUGAUGCACUUACUUCCAUGUUCAUUAUCUGAGUCCUCUGAAUCAGAACAUCUUCGGCGCCUUUUAGCUGAAGAAGUAGCUGCUGGUGGCUAUUGCAGAGCAAAACAUAAGGUCCCAUUACUCUCUCUUGAAGCGUUGCAUCACCUUCACAUUUUCAUCUUUGUCCUUGCAAUUGUUCAUGUGACUUUCUCUCUUCUAACAGUUGUAUUUGGAGGAGCCAAGAUACGUCAAUGGAAGCACUGGGAGGACAGCAUUGCAAAAGAUAAUUAUGAGACAGGACAUGUUUUAAAACCACCGGUCACACAUGUCCAGCAGCACGAUUUCAUCAGGAACCGGUUUGUGGGUAUGGGCAAACGGUCAGCCAUUUUUGGUUGGUUGCACUCUUUCUUUAAGCAAUUUUAUGGUUCUGUCAGCAAGUCAGAUUAUGCUGCUCUACGUUUGGGGUUCAUUAUGACACAUUGCAAGCAAAAUCCAAAAUUUAAUUUUUACAAAUAUAUGAUUCGUGCUCUGGAAGAUGAUUUUAAGACUGUCGUAGGCAUAAGUUGGUAUCUCUGGGUAUUUGUUGUCAUCUUCUUGUUUCUGAAUGUUAAUGGUUGGCAUACGUACUUCUGGAUUGCAUUCAUUCCGUUUGUUCUUCUGCUUGCCGUUGGCACGAAGUUGGAGCAUGUAAUUAUACAGUUAGCUCAUGAGGUUGCUGAGAAACAUGUCGCCAUAGAGGGUGAGUUGGUGGUCCAACCUUCUGAUGAUCACUUCUGGUUCAACCGCCCUCAAAUUGUCCUGGUCUUGAUACACUUUAUCCUCUUCCAAAAUGCUUUCGAGAUAGCAUUCUUUUUCUGGAUAUUGGUGCAAUAUGGCUUUGAUUCCUGCAUAAUGGGACAAGUUGGUUUCAUUGUUCCUCGGCUUGUUGUAGGGGUCAUAAUUCAAGUGUUAUGCAGCUAUAGCACGUUGCCACUUUAUGCACUUGUUACACAGAUGGGUACCAAUUUCAAGAAGUCGAUAUUUGAUGAGCAUAUUCAAGCUGGUCUUCUUGGUUGGGCUUCAAAAGCGAAAAUGAAGAGGGGGAUCAAGGCUGCUACCGAUGGCGGAAGUUCAACUGAGGGUUCUACAGUAGGAUUACAGAUGUUACGAAUGGGGCGAAAGGAAUCCACCCCCAGCUAAUGGAUCUAAAGCUGAAAUUCCAGAUAUGUACAUUAGGAACUGAAUCGUACAACUCUUGCCUGUAGCUGAAAAUUUUCCUUUUUGGUGGCAACUGUUACAUGGUUUGUCGGAGCGUAAAUGAUUUGAUAUCCAAGCGGAAAGCUCUAGCUUCUAAA